CUAAUGACAAGAAGUCUUUCUGCUCCAUUGAAGGAGAAUGGAACGGAGUGAUGUAUGCCAAGUGGGCGAGUGGAGAGAACAUGGUGUUCAUCGACACUCGGAGGAUAGGCAUCAUUAAGAAGAAAGUGAGAAAGCUGGAAGACCAGCUCGACUACGAGUCCCGAAGGUUGUGGCGAGAUGUGACGUUGAACUUGAAGCGGAGAGACAUCGACGCAGCAACGGACGCCAAACACCGGCUGGAGGAGAAACAGAGAGCCGAAGCCAGAGAGAGGAAGGAGGACGAGCAGCAGUGGGAGACCAGGCUCUUCCACGAGGACGGGGAGUGCUGGGUCUAUGACGAGCCUCUAUUAAAGAGAUUAGCCUCUCGGGGGCAAUGAGAAGACUACGCACACCCUGAUACACACGGCAUACGUAUGCAUAAAGAAAUGCACACACAACAGAGUCUUCAUAAGAACUCUUUUGCAAAACCACUUCUUUUCCCAGCCUUGGAAUGACUGAUGAAUGAAUAUGUACACAGCUUUGCAUUUGACUGUAAAACAACAAUAUGGAAAUGAAUGAAAUCAAAUGGAAAAGCAUCUAGGAUGUGACGUGAAAACUAGUUAGAGCUCCUCUCCUUAUUUGGGCAACUUCACUUUCACCGAUACCCACCACCCGCCAAGACCAGACUCGGCGGUGCACAGUGAAGACGGGAGCGUUGGCAAAUCUCGCCUCUCAACUCUGCGUCAGUUUUACGACGGCGCCUGACAUCCACGCCACAGGACGAGCCAGAGCAUCACGCGUUUCCCCUACACAAAUGUUUUUUUGUUUUUUUUUGGAGGGGGCAAAGGGGUGUGUAUGGUUGAGGGUGUUCAAUUCAAAUAAACCGUGACAAAAAAAUCGUCGCUCUACAUCUCAGGGAAUCUGGUGACUGAGGGAAGAAAGCUGCUGCUGCUGCUGCUGCUGCCCCCUCCGAGAGUCUGACAGGGAUGAAUCUUAAAGGGGCGGGGGAGAAAUUCUCUGCUUGCCUGCAAAUAGUUGUAACUGUUGUUUAUAUAUAGAUAUACAUAUGAUGGAUAUAUAAAUAUAUAUUCUUUAUUUUAUUUUCAAUGCUCUUUUUGUUUAUUUUUCUUUCUGGCAAUAGUGUAAAAAAUAUUUGAGGAUAUGAACUUGAUGGCUCGACAUCUUUUACGAAUCAUUCCAUUUACCCCCUUUUUGGUGUUGUGUUCCCAUUUCAGGUCAACGUUGUUAUUUUGUCCUUCACACUGUUCACAAGCCUGACAUAAGCCAUAGCAUCUGAACUCACUGAUUGGGAGAGUUGUGGUAGAUUUGUGGAAUAUAUGCAAUAAAGAGAUCAUUGACAUUGCCUGUUCAAAGGACAAAUUUGGGUGUCCAUUAUGCCAAAAUGAUUUAGAUAAAAGGCAAAAGGGAUUUUCCUCUGGGCAGAAAACAAACAAUCCUCUGAUAAUGUUAAUACCUGAAGGCAUUUAUGAACAAAUAAUUGUUUACAUAUUCAUGUCUUUCUGCAUUGCUGGUUCAUGAGGACGUAAGACGAGGACGGUGUCUGGGAAGUCUCCUUUUUUGUGCCGCACACCGCCGGCCGGUUUCCUCUCCAAGCCCACAGCUGUCGGACUGGAUCACCUUGAUGGUUCACGCGUUGUCACGGGGCGAGGAGAGUGGAAAGGAGGAACCAGUGGAGACUUUUGAAACACUGCUGCUGUUUCGUCGUGCUGCUUUGAGUCCAGACUGUUCUACCGGUUCUGUUUUCUCAUCAACUUCAUUUACUUUGACCAAUGAUCUUUUAAAUCACCACAUAGAGGGUGAUAUGUAUCCAACUGUACACCGCUGCUUUCUCAAACAAGUAUUCAUUCUCUAAUUUACAGCGACACACAGAUUGGAUGUAAAUGCAAUGAUAUUGUGCUGAAAGUCAGAAAUAAUAAAAACAUUUUCAACUGAAGAUGCUCAAGUAUAUCUGUGUUGUAGCGAGCUCACGUCGGAGAUGAAUCGGGUUGAUUUUAUUGAAUAUUGCAAGUCUUAAAGUCAAUGAAUCUGUUAACGGGGUCUAUAAAGACAAACAUAUUCCUGGUGCUGUGUGUAUGAAAAACUUGCAGCUGGUGAAUUCAAUUAUUUUAAGCAUACUAAAAUGCCUUGAGAAACGAGCCAAAUUAAAUUGUGUCCAAGCUAAAUUUGGUAGUUUUUACUCUUGUUAUUUCCUCCGUGGUAUGUCUUUAUAAAUUAUAUUAACUCGAGGCCUUGCCAUACAUUUCAGUAUCACUCAGUAUCGCCUGUUAGAGAGCAAUCAAAAUGUAUUUUUUAUUUCAAUUUUGAUCAUAACCAUUGAUUGUAUCAGAUGUUCCUGUUUAUUGAUGCAAAGUAUUAAAUCUCCAUGAAUUUA